UUAGGGGGGUUCGGGUCGCCACCAUGUUCCUGUUGGGCCCUGGGAGGAGCGGCUGGGGUCCGGGCGGGGUUGUCCGGUACCUGGCGUCCGCCUGCCUGCUGUCCGUGCUUCUGCUGGCCCCCCCGGAGGUUCGGGGGUCCUACAGCCUUCAGAGCGGGGAGUGCAAAGGCAAAGGGAAGGAGUGCACAGAUCUGUCAGAGAAGAAGAGUGACCUGAGGGUCUGCGACGACUCCACCUGUCGAUACGGAGGCGUCUGCAGAGACGACGGCGCUCAGCUCAAAUGUGUCUGUCAGUUUCAGUGCCACAAGAACUACAACCCGGUGUGCGGUUCCAACGGAGACACGUACCAGAACGAGUGCUACAGGCGGCAGGCCUCCUGCAAACAGCAGAGACUCAUCUCCAGGAGCCACGACGGACCCUGCUCCACCGGCAGCGGUCACAAUGAGAACCCAGUCUGUGCCACUGAUGGAAACUCCUACAACAACCCCUGUYUGGUGCGAGAGGCGUCCUGCAUGAAGCAGGAGCAGAUCGACGUCAAACACCUGGGCAGGUGUUUAGCUGAUAAAGAGAAACAGGGCAAGAAAGACGACAGCGUCCCUUUCAAAGUCAACGUUUUAGAAACCACAGGUCUGGAUCACGGGGAGGGCUUCUAUGCCGGGCUGCCCAUCCCCUGCGCUGACAGCUAUGCCGACCUGUGCGUUCACGGGAAAUGUGAGAUCAAGUAUAACAUGGCCACCUGCAGGUGUGACGCGGGGUACAAAGGUGCUCAGUGCGAUGAGCCUCAGGACUUCAACAUCCUCUACGUGGUCCCCAGUGGACAGAAGCUGCACUACGUCCUCAUCGCCGCCAUCAUCGGCGCUGUGCAGAUCGCCAUCAUCGUGGCCGUGGUGAUGUGCAUCACAAGGAAAUGUCCGAAGAACAACAGAGGUCGUCGACAAAAACAAAACCUUGGCCACUUUUCCUCAGACACUAACUCCAGGAUGGUAUAGCCUCGUGCUGCUGAUGAUUCUUUUUGAUAAAUUUCUUUCUUAUAGCGAGGGAAUGUCAUUUUUUAACUGUAGAUGUGCUCCUUUGUUUUAGUUUCCUGAGAAACUGAUAAAAAAGAAUGGUAAUAUUUAUUUAAGGGGCCUUACUUUUCCUCUUUUUUAUUGGAAUGUUGGCGCUUUUAUUUUGUGAAGUUUAAUUAUUAUUAUUAUUAUUUUAAUCCUGGAGAAGAAGAAUCAACCCAACCUGCUAAUGAUUUAUGUUUUAUGGAAGCCCAUUUCUGCCACAAGAUCUAAUAAUUUCAAGUUGUUUUAUUUUCAGGAGUUUGAUGUUUUAAAAUCAUUAUUAUGAGAAUAAAUGACAGUUAGAGGUCAGAGUGACUUAUGACAUAAAAUCAUAAUUAUGACUUUUAAAGAUGAGAUGAAGUCAGGAUUAUGACCUACAAAAUCAGGAUUAUAAAAUAAGUCAGUAUUAUAAAUUUAAAGUCAAAAUUGAGAAUGAAGUCAGGAUUAUAAUUUAUAACUUCAGAUAUGAGAUGCAAAGUCAGGAUUAUAAAAUAAAUCAGAAUUAUGAGAUACAUCAGUCAACAUCAUAAUUACAUCCGAGUUAUGACGUUCGAUAGGAUAAAAAGUCAUAAUCCUGACUUUGCAUCUAAUAAUCCUGGCUUUGCAUUUCAUAAUCUAGACUUUACAUCUCGUAAUCCUGAAUUUGCAUCUCGUAUUCCUUACUUUAAAAGUCAUAAUCCUGACUACAUCUCAUAAUCCUGACUUUGUAUCUCAUAAUCCUGAUUUUAAGUCAUAAUCCUGAUUUUACAUCUCGUAAUCCUGACUUUGCAUCUCAUAAUCAUGAAUUUGCAUCUCGUAGUCCUGAUUUUAAGUCAUAAUCCUGACUUUGCAUCUCAAAUUCUGACUUUAAUAGUCACAAUCCUGACUUUACAUCUCAUAAUUUUGAUUUAAUAUCUCAUAAUCUUGAUUUUGCAAUCUCAUAUUCCUGAUUUUGCUUCUCAUAAUCCUGAUUUUUCAUAUCAUAAUUCUGACUUUGUAUCUCAUAAUCUUGACAUUGCAUCCCAUAAUCCUGACUUUGCAUCUCAUUAUUCUGACUUUAAAAGUCACAAUCCUGACUUUCCAUCUCAUAAUUUUGGUUUAGCAUCUCAUAAUCCUGACUUUCAAAGUUAUAAUCCUGUCUUUAAAAGUCAUAAUCCUGACUUUAAAAAUCAUAAUCCUGUCAAAAAUCAUAAUCCUGACUUCACAUCUCAUAAUUCUGACUUUGUAACACAUAAUCCUGACUCAGUCUCUCACAUUAAUUACUUUGUUUCACAUAAGUGAGUUUAAAGUUUUGUCACAUUUGUUUGUUUCUGUGGCAGAAAUGUGCUUCCAUAYUUUCAUCGUGUCUGCUAUUUUUAGUUUUAACCCUUUCCUGUAGUUAUCCUGGCAUCAUGUCUCUGGAUUGUGUUAUUUAUUAAUUUUAUUAAUCCCGCCCCCCUUGUGUUGCUCAUUAGUAAUAAUGUUACAGCUGAUCACCAAAUCUAGUUUAUUUUGAAUAAUUUCUCUUGUGCCAGCCAGUGUCCUGGUUUACACUCUGGUCUGUAAUUCUGUGUAAAGACUGAUUUCAAACAGGUUCAUAAUUUAUAAGAAUUACAUCAUCUCUGAAGAGACGUUUUUACUGAAGGUUUUUACCUUUGUUCUAGUUCUCGUGUAUUAGCAUGACUCGUGAAAACUGUGUACUUGUGGUGUAGUUGAAACUUUUUAAAAAGGAAAGAGGCUCCGUCGCCUCGUCGUUCGGACUCUGAGGCGAGGAAGAGGAGGGACGAGGUUUUGGUGGACGGACGGCUCGGAGGCAUCAGAAGAUUGUAAAUCUCUGGCCGCACUGCAGAYGGAGGUCACCUGCCAACUUUUCACGCCUCGGCUGCAGAGACGGCUGCAUCYGAAUGUUGUAAAAUAAAGAAAUGAAUUUUUGAUACUUUUAUUUUGUCCCCUCUGUGACACAUUCCGAGGACAGAAGAAAUCCUCCAGAUGUUAGUGGUGUGCAGGUAACUCACUGUCCUCACUCUGUGUGUUCGUGUUCUUGCUUUGUGUCCGUUUGUCCAAACAGGAAGUAAAUUUCAUCAUCGGUUCUGGACGUCUGAACUUCCUGAGACUGUGGGUGAUGGACGCAGGGAGUGAGACACGUGUGCAUGUGUCCUCCUCCGUCUCUUGUCUCAUGAUGUUUGUAGUCUUCUGAAUUCUGGUCCUGUUGCACAYGAUGUUUCCUCUUUCUUAUCAUGUUCAGACAAACAAUAAACAAAGUUCAACAAAGUCA